UGGCGAAUGAUGAGGAAGAGAGAGGGAGACCAUGAACGGCCGAAAUCUGCAGGAUUUUGUACUAAACAACUCCUCGUUAACUAGUAAAAUAACAUGGCAGAAAAGGGUGAGUAUUCAGAGUAUCAUUUUAAUACGUCGUGUUCUGUAUUGGCGUAUAUAAAGAUAAAAUAAUACCUUUGUGCCUGAGGUAAAAUAUAAAAAAAACAGCUGAAUAAAAUAAGAUAAAACCUAUUAAGCUUACUAUACCGGGUAUCAAAAGAUAGCAAAGUGACAUAAGAGUUAAAAUUUUUCUCUUUUUAUGUAUGCUCAUUGCCAUGUUGUUGUUGUUAGCAACCAUUUGAAGAUUUCCGUACCACCUCAUACAUUUAUUAUGCAUGCAGCAAUUUUAUACUAUUUCUCACAAAUAGUUAAUAUUUAAAUAGAGUUAAAAUUUUUCAUCUAAUAGCUCUGAAGGAGUGUUAUAAGCCUCAACAUUUAGUGAUUUCCAAUUGUUAUUACAGUGGAAACUCUCGUAAGCAGACACCUUCAGGACGUGAAAUAGCUGUCUGUUACUGGAUCUGGCUGCUUAUGAGAAUGGUUCACUCAAGUGGCCAUUAGAGAUGUAAGGGUUAAAUAGCCUCUUAUGGGUGCUUGCUCAACUACAAAUAUACCUUGGAAAUGCAAAAAACUGUUUGUUAGUAAUUCAUUCACAAGCAUAAAAUUCAACUGUGCUGUUUUGAAGUAUAACCAGACAUGCACAUGUAUGUGAAAAAAAACAAACAAACAAACAAAGAACAAAAACAAGCAAACAGUGAAAUUGAUAUAUUGUUCAGUGGUGAUUAAGAUUUCAUUUUAGGUGUCUGCUUAUGGGAGCUUAGAAACAAAGAUAAAAUCUAACUCAUAAACCCUGAAAGUGUCCGCAGCUGCCUACGGGAAUUUUGUUUGCUUACCAGAAUGUAAAAAUACACAGUUUGUAUACUGUGCACUGUAGCAGUUGAAUUGAGGUUUUGUGAAGUUGGUUGUAAGUAGAACUGUCCACAUACGAGAGUGUCUGUUAAAGAGCUUUGACUGUAUUGUCAUUUUUCAGAAACAGAAGGGUCACCCCCAGAUUAUGCUUUUGGUGUCCUUGAAGUUGGAUGCAGUGGAACAAUUGAAGUAAUUCCAGAUUUAAUCAGUAAAACAUCUGAUGAUAACCUGAAGUCACUCACAACAGUAAGUUGGGCUGUGAAAAUUAGAAUGUUGUUGUAAUUGUAAUAAUGUUUUCUUCGUAAUAAUUUAUUUUUUUUACUUUAUUUUAUGCCGAUAGAUAUCUUGUUAAUAUCAACUAUAAAAACUGUGAACACAUGAAUUAUUUUAGGAAUGUUUGUGUUACGGCCAAUUGCAGUGAAGAUCAGGACAUGUGAGGAAGCAUGAGGGCCCAUAAAUGGAGAGUUGUGCUCCCUCUUUUUAAAAUUAUCAUUAUUAUUAUUUAUUUAAUAUCAUGGGUGACAAAUUACUCCUUAAUUUUGGCUUGAAAUUUCAGCCAUGUCCAUCCUUGCCAUCCUUUUCAGCAGAUGGUUAUGGAACAGUUCUAUUGGCUACAAAGUGAAAAUAUCCCGUACGAAACAUGCGUCGCUGGUGCAGCACUGCUUUAGCGACUUACAAGCAUUGCACAAAUGGCUGCAGGAGAGCUGCAUGAUAACUGCACUACAAGCACUCCUGGAGUUUCGAAAAAUGACAGAGUAAUGCCAGAUGACUGUGUGAAUCGAGCACAAGCUAUGCAGACUUUUAGUCUUAGAUAACGAAACUGGACCAUUAUUUUUGGAAUUCAGUAGAUGUGCAAAAAGUUUUAGCCUUUUAAAAAGGUAGCAAAUUGUGUGACAUAACCCCUUUAAAUUAAAUGAUUAUUUGCUUUUCUUGUUCAUAGAAGUAUUAUUAUUUCUUUUCAGCUCCCUUGUGGCCUUCCUCCAUUGUUUACCCCUGAUUUAAAAUCUGAUUUGGAGAAAUAUCUUCUGGAUCCUACAGUGUUGCCCAUCCAUGACUUCCAUAAAACCCAAAGGUAAUACCACCUUGCUCAAGAUGUUUUUCUGGUUAUUUCUGGUUUUAGUAAGUGCCUCCAAAAUGUUGUAUCAAUGUAUUGAAUAAUUACAACUGAGUUAAUAUCAUUAUCUUGAGAACAGUUCUUUAAGCAGACAAAAAUGAAUCUGUAAACUUAUUAGAUCCUUGCAUGGUUUUUUCAACUUUAAAAUUAGCCUGCAAAAACAUCCGUUUCUCCUCGCUCUUCGCCGCUGGGGACGUUUCGCGAGGAGGAACAUCUGUGACUCAGAGGCAGAAAUUCCAUACUGAUGACGCAAACCCAUGUUUACACAAUAAAUCCAGUAGUCAUGGGAUUCCGAAUACAAAUUUGUCCAAUUUUACGUGUCUUCUGGUUGAUUUUGUUAAAGUGUUGUGUUCAUCCGCCAACGAGCUCCAGCAAAACUCAAAUGCUUCUUCUAGAGAAGACUAUAUUCCACAAAUAUUGACUGUUGUAUCAGAGAUUCUUCACAUUUACAGUUGACCUUUGUGGCCUUUUGUCUUUUGUCUGUUGUUGGUAAACAAUAGCUAAAACAAUGUAACUACUCUGUCAACCAAUCAGCGCUUCUGACCGGAUUCCGGACAGAUUUUACGUCAUCAGUAUGGAAUUUCUGUCGCUGAGUCACAGAGGUUACUGUUAUAAAUGGUACCAGUUAGAAAAUCCGUCAACACGGCUAGAAAGAAAUAAAAAAAUUAAUUGUCUUAAAAUCAGUAAAGUUGCCAACUUUUACAGUGAUUUGUGAAAAACUAACAAAGAUCUAAUAAUCUAGCUCUGCAAAGUCACAGAAUGUUACAGAUGUUUACAUGGUGGAGGGUAAAAUUAAAAGAAAAAAAAAAAUUUUGCGAAUUUGUGGAGCAAUAAUGUAUUUCUUUGCAUGCAACACUUUUAAACUUUGGUAAGUUACCCUAUUUUAAGACCCUCUUUCCAGCAAUGUCCAUGGAUAUUCAGUUACUGUUCUUUAACAUUAUUUGAAUAAAAAACAUACAAUGUAGACAGACCUUUCCUAGAUCAUCUUCCAUUAAGUGAUUAACUGCCAAAUAAUACUAAUUUUCACUGACAUAACUCACAGAUGUCAUAUUUAUUUAUUACAAUCAUGUAUUUAUAUAUGUCACUUAAAAUUUUAAAGCACAUCAAACAACAUCCAAAGUCAGGAUGGAGUCAUUUAAUACUUAAAAUUUAUAGUAUACAUAGAUUUACAGUUCAGAUUUUUUGUUAAGUUCAUCGAUGUGCGGUGACUCAAUUCUAUUCUUAUCGCUCAAUUUGUUUUCCUUUGUACUGAGCUUGACCAUUACAUAAACUUUCAUUUCUUUUUUUUAUGUCAGGUUCUGGCCCCGUGAAAGAGACCCAGAAAGUUUGCUUUUUGGUGAUGUCUGUCCAGUACCAUCAACAUUGAAAGUAGAACGAAAUCCAACAACUGGAGAGCUUCUUGGAUAUAAUGAGGUGUGAAGCAUAUCAUGUUUGAAUGUGUUUUAUUAGCUUUAUACAGUGGAACUCCUUUAGCAUCCUUUGGGACACCUCCAUUCAGGGGACACAAAUUUUGGUGCUGGAAAAAAUUUUCACAAAAUCUUUGUAUCUGUUACAAAAUCUUUGUAUCUGUUACCUCUUUGAAGGGACACCUCUAUUCAGGGGUAAGGCACACUUUUUCUGGCUCCCGAAACCCAGGUUUAGCCUCCAUCCAGGGGACACCUUAGUGCUGACUGGCCACAGAAAUCAUUGAUAAUUUUAAGUGUUCACUAGUCACAAUGGCAACAGUUUUCAAAACACAAACUAUCUCACUUAGUUACAGCAAUGUACUGCACAAACACACAACAUCCCAGAGAUAAGUUAAUCACAACAUUUAAUACAUUAUCUAGCUGUUUGAAAUAAUGACUGCAGCAGCUGAUUCCAAGGCAGAUUAAAAGAAAAAUAUUUUUAUUUUUUGGUUACUAUUAACAAACCUCAGCUCAACCUCCAUUCAGGGAACAGUUGCCUUGGUCCUGAGGGUACCCCCUCAAUAUAAGUUCCACUGCACCUUGAUUUCAAACUUCCGCUGCCUGUGUGAACAUGGUUGCCUCAAAUCAGGGUAAAAUAAAAUUCUUCAAGGUCAGAGAAAAGUCAAAUUUUGAAGAAAACUCAGGAAAAAUUAAAAUUAUACCACCACUGAUUUAACACUUUUGAAGGUAAGAAGAAGCAUUUGAAAAAGGCUAGAGUGUAGAGAGAUUGACAAGUUCCAAAAAAAUAUAUUAUAACUUUAAAGACAACUAUACAAUCUUGUUAUUACAGUAAGUGGAAGAAACAGACUGCAUGGUCUUACUAAUUUUACUUAACACACCUCUACAAUCUUUUACUCACAAUAGGUGAUGGUGACAGAUACUGGAUGUACAGCCAAAAAUUCUAUGUCCCUUUUACGACAACCUGGGCCACUUUCUUCUUCUGUAAGAGGAGAAUCCACAAAUUAUCCUUUUCUUCCAGGUAUGAAAGUCCUGUAUGUUCAAAACUGCAAAAUAUAGUUACAGCUCAUAUCUCCUCUCCACUAACACUCUCUCCACAAAAAGCUAUUUUCAGUAAAAUAAUUGUGUAUGAUUGUCAAACUGGUAUUAAUUGUAAUGCUCUGCAUAGUGCAGGAUUUGAUUGCUAAAUGCCCAGAGAAGUGUCCUGUUUGUUCUCACAAACAAUAUUAAUUUUCAAAUUGCCUGGCAACCAUUUUGUAAUUACAGUGGAGGCUCUCAUGAGCGGACACCCUUGUCACGUGAAAAAGGUGUCCUUAACUAGAGCUGGCUGCUUCUGGGAAUGUAAAAAUGCAGAGUUUGUAUGGGAGCUGAGAACAAUGGUGUUUUGUGAGAGUGGACGUAAGUAGAGCUGUCCGCUUACGAGAGUGUCCGUUAGCAGAGCAUUCACUGUAUGUCAGGCUGCCAAAGUGCAAAUUUGAAAAAAAGUCGAGCCAGGAGCACUGCCUUUGAGUCAUGUGCUCUGUUUCAACUCCACUCUUAAAGAAAGUAAAAUUUAUACCACCCAAGAAAAUCCCUUGAGUUGCAAAACCCAGAAAGAGCUUUCCUGCUGCCUGUCAAUUCUUUUCCUGAGUACCAAUGCAGAGUCAUUAGGCUGAUUUAUCAGCAACAGAACGGGAACGUCAUUUGACGAUGGGAAAGCACGCGAAAAGGACUAAAUACGUCUUCCGGUGCCCAAUUUGUUGCUCUGCCAUUGGUCGAACCAGUUGUUUGAUUUGCGCUCGCCGUCAUCAACUGACAUUCUGAUUCUGUUGCUAAAGCAGCCUAUUAUUACAUGUAGCGGGUGCUUACUGUGGUCUAGUAUAAUUAUAAUUAUCAGGCUAUUCUAUUUCUUCUCUGAGAGAAAAAAAUUAUAUAUGAAAAGCUUGUAUUUGAGGUAAAAUGCAGUGCAAUUUCUCCUUAUGUUUACAAUCACUAAGGUUGUAUUUCCGGGCAAGAAGGUUUCUCUCAGUUGUUCAUUCAUGGCAAUCACUAACUUAUUUUGUUUGAUGUUAGGUGGAAUGGAAACUCUAGAAACUUCCAAACCAGAUCUUGUGUUUGAUGGAGAGCUGGACUUUGAGAAAGGUGUGAUGUUUACAAUGCAUGUGUAUCUUUAUUAAUUCUUGUUCAUAGGGAUGUAUGUAUUUGUAAUUUUCUUUUUCACAAAUUGUUUUUGCUAUAAAUUGUAAACCAUAUCACCUGGCUAUGUUUAGGCUUGGAGUUGACUGAGUCAUAAGCACUGAUGACUGUCAAUAGCAUUGGCUAUUUUAUUCGUAGAAGUCAUCAAGUUUUUUCACUCCUUGCUGAUACAAUCAGUUACUCUAAAGAAACCAGCUCCAUUCUUUUGUUUUAAUUAGACAGUUUAAAUGAGUUGAGAAAUAUUAAUAACAUUGUGAAUAUAACUAUACGCAAGAACAUCGGGAGCCACACUGCUUUUAGUCUAAUUUUUAAAGAGUUUCAUUGGUCUCCUGGAGAAAGAACUUGGUUUUUAUGAGAAAAAUAAUUUUGAGAUUGAACAAAACAACGUACAAUGUCAAUAGGUAUAGCCACAAACCUGUUCAUGAAUAUAAUUUGUAUCUUUUUGUUAUUGUCAGAUCUUCUGUCUGUGCCUCCAGGUUUUAAACAGGGGGUCUCAUUUAAUGAAGUCAAUGAAAGAGAACAGCAAGGUAAGACACUUUCUCUUAAUGGGCACCUCUGUAAGACGGACACCUCUGCAAAACGGACACUGAGAGUUGGUCCCUGCCUUUCUUUACUCCUGACCUUGUAUUUGACUCUCUAUAAGACGGACGCCUCUGUAAAAAAGACACCUAGAGUUGGUCCCUCGAUGGAUAACACCCUCCUCGAUCUCCAUAAUUCUUCAUAAGAUACUCAGCCUCAUUCAUUAAUAUUAUUGUUAAAUAAUGAUGACCAACGAUGAAUUUUCAGAGUAGAAUAAUUAUUAUUUUAAAGUCCGUCUCUCAGCUUUUUGCCCACAUCUUAAAUUUAGAGUUGUCAACGACGGUACCUCAAGUCGUAGCAAUGUCAGACAUCAUGGCUGGUACCACCCUUGAAGACCUGGAGUAUAGCGAUGAAGAAGAUGAAAUGGAGUCAGACGAGGGUGAUAUUGAUAAGGUGGGUACUCUGUUAGGGUGA